GCUAUGUUGUAUGUUAACCUGUCAUCCACUUUAGCGACUGCCACUGGUCCACUUCACCAUCUCCAACCCGGCGACUUCGUGCUGGUCAAGGAUUUCCGGAGAAAGAGCUGGAAAUCCAAUCGUUGGCCCCUACCUGCUUCUGGUCAACCAGACAGCGGUCAAGGUCGCCGAGAGAGAGCUACGUGGGUCCACGCCAGCCACUGCAAGGUCGUAGUCACAGGAAAGGAGAAACGGUAGAAGCAGAAGACAACAAGUGACGUGUCCUAGUCACCAACAAAAGUAGAUGACAACAAGUCAUGUGUCCUAAUCACCAACAGAAGUAGAUGACAACAAGUGAUGUGUCCUAAUCACCAACUUGCACCACACUUGCACUACAUACACCAAAACACACUACACACAAGGUAUCACGAGCGAGUGCCAGCUGAGCGGUUCCAUAUGCUCUCUGGUUCCUCAUUUAUGUUACCGGUGUGCGGAGUCUGACUUUCCGUGUCACAACAUCGACCGAGGGAAUACACACACACACCCCAUGGAGCAUUCCCACCUCGUGAUGACGACUCGCCUGGGAAAACGACAACGCAACCGUGAGCAAUACUACUGGAGAGCCUGGACAAUCACAAAAUGGUUCCUCUGCAUACUUGCCAUGAUAGUUGUGUUAGGACUAGUUAUAUAUUUUAUGUAUUCAUGGUCAGCACACAGCAGGUCAGCAAAAAUCGAGGUAUCUAAGAGGUACAUGGGGAAAGCAGGGCGAACCACAUGGGAAGAGGGGCUGAUCAAGACAGGGAUUGGUAACAUUACUCUAAGGGAUGGGGAAGAUAGCACAGUGCAGUUAGACCCGUGCGACUACAUGCAUUGCUCCGACCCUAAGAAACUGGGGUGGGCGGACGCCUACAUAUGCUAUGUCGAAGGCAGUUUUGGUCAAACCGCCAAUCACUGCUCAGGGGGCUGGGCUUUUGUUUUAUGGACCACCGCAUACACCGAUUGGGGUUAUACCCUAUGGGACGACAAAACAAACAUAAAAGGGAGAUUGUCUAUCUCCAAAGUCAAUUCAUCGAGCCCCGUUGUCCUGUUGCAACUACAGGCUGCCCAGAUAUCAGACGGGGGUUAUUAUGUUGUAUGUAUGUAUGUAUCCGGCACCGACCCGUGUGGCACAUUUUACAUAGACAUUGCGCCCAAAACUCAGACCCCCAAAAAGGAUAAACCGCCUUUGACACAAACAUUGACAUCCAUAGGUACAUCUACACUUCUAAAACGUAACCUAUACAUAGGCAAUAACGACCAUAACAACAUUGAUGUGGUUCAGACCAGUAAUGGAAACACCGGUAACGUUUGGUGGCACACUCUGAGAUCAUUCUUGCAGGCCGCAGGACAAAAUGGUUCAUGUUAUGCAUGCACCCUUUUUCCCCAGGACUCAUCAAUGUCAGUGCCAGUUCGUCCGCGCUCUCUGACCCAGGUUGAACACCUCUGUGCGUUUAUGGCUCUGACAAGGCCCAUCGAGGGGGAAGACCGCGUAACCGAGUGGCGUUAUGCCAGGCAGCUUCCUCCACCAUGCAGUAAUAAGUCUAACUCCCUUUUGCGUGCAUAUACGGUUGAUACCACAUACGCAAAGUACCAACCGGUCAGCCAUGUGCACCCCAGCCAUUUGAGAGGGAUGAAACACAGCAUUUGUAUCCAGAGAGUAUACCAUAAAACGUCUCUUACACCACCUUAUUUUUCCCUAGGUACUACUACUGGUUGUACUCGUAUCCUACAGAAUACGUGCAGUUACGGUGUUUACAAUAGCUCGUAUUGCAUAUUCAGUGUCCCUGAAAGAAUCCUUUCUAACGUAGCAUUCCCUGAUGUUAACCAUACUUCCCUCCAACUGGCCUGGCCCAGUGAUGCUGGGUUUAGCGCGCCACAAGAUUACGUUUGGUUGUGCGGCGACAAGCUCUAUCAGAUGCUGGCUCCCCUCUGGAUAGGUACAUGCACUCUAGUGGAUUUGAAUCCAGCAGUCACGGUCCUCACGUCCUUAAUGUACACGACACAUCAUUACCCAGAGUUCCAACACCCGGACCACCACAAGGUAAAAAGAGAGCUGACGUCCACUGGAGUUAAAUUCUUUGGUGGCUUGUUUCCAUGGUGGGGUACAGUAAACAAUGCCCAUAACAUAGAUACCUUACAUGUUCGACUAGAGAACCUCACUUACGAGACGACGCAAGGCUUCCAGGCAUUGCCCCCAUUCAUAAUAGCCUCUAGGAACAUGCUCAUGCAGCAAUUUGCUCUUGACCUGUGUCAUAUUAUAUGUCUGUUUGAUUAUCCCAAUACUGAAGAAGUGCGUUUCCAGCAUGGUAUCCUCAGCUUUCGUUCAGUGUACUGCUAUUCCAUUACAAGACAAUCCUUUGCGCCACAGUGAGAUAGACCAGCUAGAAUCAGAAGAGUCUGAUUCCGACACUACAAUAUAAUCAAUAUAAUCAUGUGAAUCGAGUGUACUCUCCUCUUAUGCUUACAUUAUAUUGGAGUCUGUCCUCCACACAAACAGCCAGUU